GUCGCCGCCACCGCAAAGCCGCCCGCGAAGCACUCUGGGAGACGGAGUUCGAGUCAGGCCGCCCAAGGGGCAUUCUGGGAGACUGAGACACGCCUGUCAAGGGGCCCGCAAAGCAUUCUAGGAGAUGGAGUCCCGCCUGAGUCUACCCGCGGGGUCCUGUGGGGGACAGGGGACAAUCUCCCCAUCGAGUGACGCGAAGACCACUCUGGAAGACAGUCUCGUUAGGCCGCCCCGGGAACUGUGGGGAGACCCUCGGAACCCCGCGCCGACCCACAAAUCGUGAGCCACCCAGAGACCCCCUGCAUGGGUGCAUCCUCUCCCCUUACAAGCAGCUCGGAGAAGGCACUGCAGCUGGUUCUAUUUAAUGGCUGAGAAAAGUCAAGCCAGGGCGAAUUGCUAUCUGACUGCGUUCGCGGCCGACCCUGAGACUGUCGGGGCGAUGGUGGACACCACAAUGUCCGGCUACCGACUAGCCGACUUGGCCAGCAGUCCCACGAGCCCCGAUGCUCCCACUGAGCCCUCAAUCCCGGAAGCGGAACUGCGUGCGCGUGAAGGGCGGGACCAGGACGGCCUGAUAUUGGCCGCCCGCGUCUGUGGCGUUCUGGUCCUGCCGCGCGCUGAUUGGCCGCGGGACGUCAACUCUCGGUAUUUGAAUCUGGGGCGGGCUCACUCAGCGGCCGUCGGUCACGGACUGCGAGAGUUGAGCCGGUUGGAAUUCUUUCAUCUCGGUUUCUCCAGCUCGGAUUCCUAGCGUGGAGCAGGGACGCCGCUCCUCCCUUGCGGUGGGCGGUGGGCGUCGGCGCGGGCCCUCAGCAGUAGGCAGAAUGAGUCUGCAUAUCUUAAAUGACGAAAAUGUGCCCAGUGAAAAAAGUUCAGAAAGCUGUGACUUCCUGUUUGCACAACCGGAACUUACCGGAAGAUCCUCUGUUCUUCGUCUGUCACAGAAAGAAAAUGUGCCACCCAAGAACCAGGCUAAAGCUGCCAAGGUAAAUGGGGACUGUAAUGUGACUUUUCAGACACCUCUUCGGGAUCCACAGACGCGCAGGAUCUUAAGUCCUAAUGUGACCAACAAACUCGAGACUUCUUUUGCUCUGAAUGGCACUGUUGAAUUAGAAAACAAUCAAUGUGUCUGCUUACAGGAAGAGAAUCAGCUGCCGUUAGCCCCAGUGGAUGAUACACCUGUGGUUCAGUUGGCAGCCGAGAUCCUAAAAGCAGAAGGUGAGGUCCAGGUGGGAAUCCUGAAUUCUUCAAGUACUUCAGCUUCCACAAGUUUUCUGGACAGUGAAUUGGUAGCGCCUCCUGCUGAGCCAGUUCUGGAGCCUUCUCAUCAGGGACCAGAGCCUAUCUUGGAUAGUGAGCUGGUGGCUCCUCCUGCUAAGCCACUUCUGGAGCCUUCUCAUCAGGGACCAGAGCCUACCAUGGAUAGUGAACUGGUUGCUCCUCCUGCUGAGCCAGUUCUGGAGCCUUCUCAUCAGGGACCAGAGCCUACCAUGGAUAGUGAACUGGUGGCUCCUCCUGCUAAGCCAGUUCUGGAGCCUUCUCAUCAGGGACCAGAGCCUAUCUUGGACAGUGAGCUGGUGGCUCCUCUUGCUAAGCCAGUUCUGGAGCCUUCUCAUCAGGGACCAGAGCCUAUCUUGGACAGUGAGCUGGUUGCUCCUCCUGCUAAGCCAGUUCUGGAGCCUUCUCAUCAGGGACCAGAGCCUAUCUUGGAUAGUGAGCUGGUGGCUCCUCUUGCUAAGCCACUUCUGGAGCCUUCUCAUCAGGGACCAGAGCCUACCAUGGAUGGCAAACUGUUGGCGCCUCCUGCUGAGCCAGUUCUGGAGCCUUCUCAUCAGAGACCAGAGCCUAUCUUGGACCUAAAGGAAGAGAGCUUCAGAGACCCAGCAGAAGUUCUAGGUACCGGCGCUGAAGUAGAUUACCUGGAGCAGUUUGGGACGUCUUCGUUUAAGGAGUCAGCCUGGAGGAAGCAGUCUUUGUACUUGAAAUUUGAUCCCCUCCUAAAAGAAAGCCCUCGGCGGCCAAUGCCAGUGGUCCCAGUGACAAAUAGUGAACAGGAUGCAGAUGAGCCUGGCUUGGGAAAUCCAAUAGAAGGCAAGCUUGUGGACUUAGAUUUCUCAGGAGCUCCAGAUGUUCCAGUGCCAGGCCCACCCUUGUGUGUCCUUGAGCCUAGAGGCCUCCUUCUGACUGAGCCUUUUGAAGAUGUGCUACAAUACAGCCAGAAAGACCUAGACGCACUGGUGAAUGCAACACAACAGGAGAACUUGGAGCUGAGGAGCAAGUAUGAGGACCUCAACAGGAAGUACUUGGAGAUGGGGAAGAUCAUGGAUGGGUUUGAGAAGAUCGUGUACAAGUCAAUGGAGGAGGCUGAGAAACAGAAGGAACUCGCAGAAGACAAAAUCAAAAAGGUUCAAAAGGAGAGAGACCAACUUAUUGCAGACCUGAGCUCCAUGGAAAAGUCCUUCUCUGACCUUUUCAAGAGGUUUGAGAAGCAGAAAGAAGUGAUUGAAGGCUACCAGAAGAAUGAAGACUCUCUGAAGAAAUGUGUUGAGGAAUACAUAGCGAAGAUUGAAAAGGAGGGCCAGAGGUACCAAGCACUGAAGGCCCAUGCAGAAGAGAAGCUCAACCUGGCUAAUGAGGAGAUUGCCCAAGUGCGUAGCAAGGCCCAAGCAGAGGCACUGGCCUUCCAGGCAAGCAUAAGGAAGGCACAGAUGCAAAUCCACUCAUUGGAGAAGACUGUGGAACAGAAGGCUAAAGAAAAUGAUGAACUGACCAGGAUCUGUGAUGACCUCAUCUCUAAGAUGGAGAAGAUCUGACUGCAACCAGUCAUCUCUCUGCAACUCUCUAUCUGCCCAUUUCUUUGUCUGAUUUGUCUUUUGUGUGUGGUCUUUAACCCCUAUUCAUUCCUAAGUUAUAUUACUUUGAAGACUAAAGUUUCUUAAUUUCAAACUCAAAGUCAACCCAGGUCCUGUUGUUUAUAACAAGCUCACUUGCCUCUGUUUUUCCAGGUAGUUCAGCUUUUCUGAAAGUAUCUUUCUGUGGUCCUUAUAUAACAUUGGUUCUCAACUUUGCUAAUGCUGCAACCCUUUAAUACAGUUCCUCAUAUUGUGAUGAUCCCAAACUAUAAAAUUAUUUUCAUUGCUACUACUUCUUUUUUUAAAUAAA